AUGUCUCAGGACUCCCAAUAUCAGCCCCUUGACUCUUCCCAGCAAGAAAUUCGGAUUUUGUGGCUUCUCCCUCGCACCAAAGAAGACGACUCCACAUCCGUAUCCGAGAUCCAGGCUACCCUCACGACGGUCUCCCUAUCCCAAAAGCCUGCCUACAACGCCUUAUCCUACACCUGGGGGGCCCCAGACGACCCGGUCCACCGUAUCCGGUUGAACGGCCGCCACUUUGAGGUGCGAUCGAAUCUCCACGACUGCUUGGUGCACCUGCGGCAAAGCGGCAUCGGAUCCAGGGAGUCCGGCGUCCCCUUGUGGAUCGACGCCGUCUGCAUCAACCAGGACGACGUCCCUGAGAGAAACAGCCAGCUGCCCAUGAUGGGUGACAUCUACCGCCGCGCCACGUCCGUCAUCUCGUGGCUGGGCUCGGACGACCGGCUCCUAAAAGGGACGGCCGCACUCACCGAGAUUGUGCGGGAGUGGACGCGCUUCAAGGAGGGGCUGAGAAUCAUCACCGCCCCGGAUGGAUCCGAUGGAUCCGAGCUGGCUGCUAGGCGGCCGGUCUCCAACGACCAGCUGCAGGACUGGCUGCAGACGCAUGUCUGCAUCUGUGGAACGGCAUCCUUCGCCGAGGCCGACCUCGACACGCUGGCCGACUGCAUCCUAACUGUUUUUGGUGAGGAAAAGAUCGACGGCGUGAGCGACAGUAUCUGGACCAAUGUCACGUUAGGGAUCCGUGGCGAACUCGGCAUGAGAGCGCGGUUAUCAGCCGUCCAAGUCGGCCUCGCUGCGCCAUCGCUAAUGUUCGUCCUCUAUAUCUCCAAUACCCGGGCGUCGACCGACCCGCGGGACGUUGUUUACGGGCUGCUUCAUCUGAUCCCUGACCAUGGCAUUGUUCCGGGCUACCGCAAGGCCGUUUGGGAAGUGUAUGCGGAUUGGGCAGCCAAGGCCAUGUUGCAGCACGGAAACAUGGAGCUUCUUUCUUAUGUGACCGCCAAAGAGGAGUGCUGGACCGACGUUGAGUUGGAUUUGCCGUCGUGGGUUCCGGAUACCUUCAACUACAAGGGCUACCGUCAAGUCGAGUGGCUGAAGAGAGGGGGCCAAGAAAACACGGAGGACGGCCGUGACGGGGGCUUCUCUGUGGAGCUUCUCAAAAACGGCCGUGUCUUGAAGGUGGACGGCCGCCAUCGUGACACCGUCAGGAAGGUUACCCAGCUCCGCCGCUUCGCCGAGAGCAAGCAGCAAUGGAAAUUGGACAUGAUCCGGUUCUGCAUGGACAACCUGGUCGCGCAACGGGAGAGUGGGAGGUCUCACCCGACGGGUAUCCCGCCUCUGCAAGCUCUUGUGCGGCUGGUGAUGCAGGCAAAAAUUGCUGCGUUGAGUCCUGACGAGUACCCAAAACGUGUCCAUGAGGUGGCCUGUGGAUUCAUUGGGUGGCUCAUCUUUGCGUUCAACAACGUGUUCCGCGCGGGAGCCCCUCCAGGAGAACCGCUCGAUAUCGCAAGCUCACUCUUGGGGUUGGGCCUGGGCGAGGAUUUCCCGGAGAUGUAUGAAGAGGCGGUAUUCCCCGGCGUUGAUGUGCGAGAAUUGAUGGGAUGGAACAAGCUGAUCGAUGCCUUGCCGGAAGCGGGGGUAGUCACCGAUUAUAUGAUAAAUUGGUGCGUGGGCCGAAGUUGA